GAGAAGGACGAAGAUCGUCUACGAUGCCGACGAGCUUCGUUACUGUACGGUUUACCUGUUGAUAGUCUCGAGGUCGAUCUAACACAAGAGAAUUGGCGAUUAAGAGCGGUCUUCCGCGAAGCGGUAUAUUCUCGGUGAGUCACGUGCGCGAUAAAGCGUCGAUUCUUCGCCGUAACGGUGACAAUUUUCAUACAAAAACCAAGUGCGUACCGUGGUGGAAUAUAUGCGCCCGCGUUCCGCGUGCCUUAAUGAUCGUGAAACACGCGUUGUCAUUCACGCUCGCUUGUAGUACGAGGUGGAUCUGCGAUGUUGCCCGCUUGCACACGGUGAUUCUAAAAGAUUCGCGUGCGACCCGGUGAUUUUCUAGCAAUCAUUUUCGUCGGUAGCUUUCAUGAGGAUGAUUGAAAAAAUGUAAAUGGUAGUCGGUGUCCAUCUGUGGAACUAAGGCUACUUCGUGGUACUUUUUUUUGCAAAGUGAUUGAAAUUGUUUGUACAAGAGGAUGGCAGUGCGUAUCACUUUGGAAUGCGGACAUACCUCGAUGCUACGUAUGCGUAGCACUCCUGAGGGAUACACGCAUGAUUGGGAGGUAUUUGUACGAGGAGUGGAUAAUGCAGAUAUACAUCAUUACAUUGAGAAAGUGGUAUUUCUCUUACAUGAUACGUUUCGGAAUCCUAAGAGAGUACUCAAAGAACCACCAUUUGUGGUGAAAGAAUCUGGUUAUGCAGGCUUUAUAAUACCGAUCGAAAUUUAUCUGAAGAAUAAAGAUGAACCCAAGAAAUUUCAAAUAUCGUACGAUCUGCAUUUGCAGCCAAGUGGUCCGCCUAUUAACAAGACUAUACGCCAUGUAGAAGUACUUCGUAAUCCUUCUGAUGACUUUAGGAAAAAACUUUUGAAAGGUGGAGCUGUUGUAGUAUCUAGUAGAGAUGGUUCAUUAGAAAAAAGUGAUACAAAAACAUCCACGAUGGUUGGCAAACCAAAAUUAAAUGGCAGCGAAAGCAAGAAGCAUCGUAUUACCGAAUCUAAAACUUCUAAUUCGUUUCACGAUUUAUUUGGCCCUCCUAUAAAAACAGCGCCUGUAAAGAUAUCACCAGAUAGCAAAAAGACAAGUCAAUCUGAUAAAAAUUUAGUUCCUAAACCUUUAGCUGUUACCGAAAAAUCUGACAAAGUGGAUAAAACAAUUAAAUCAAAGGAAAGUCCUCAUAAAGAUAAUAGAAAAGACAAAAUAGAUGAGAAGAAGGAUAAAAAGGUUAGAGACAGUUCUAAGGAUCAACUUAGGAGUAAAGAUAAAUCCAAGAGACCUCCUAGUCCUGGAAGUAAAAGUCAUUCGAGUCCUGGUAGCAAAAGACCGGCAUCACCUGUCGCAACAAAGAAGCCGUUAAGUCCUUUGCCAUCUACAAAACGAUCUCUAUCUCCUAAAUCAAAAGAAAAGGAGAUGAAGAAAGUUACACUGGAAAAAGAGAAAGAUAGUAAAGAAAAGGAAAAGGCGAAAAAUAACUCCAGAAAUGAUGUAGAUUCUUCUUCAAAGUCUGAAAAGAAGAAAGAUAAGAAGAAACACAAAGAUGAUAGGGACAAAGAAAGAAAGGAUAAAUAUAAAGAAUCAGAAAAAACCAAUGUUAAAGAUGUCACAAAGAUAAUCGAGAAAAAAUCUGAAAAAACGGAUAAAGCAGAGAAAUCAGACAAGGAGAAAUUUCAAGAACACAAAUCGUCAAAAGAUGAUAGAAAAUCACCAAAAACUGGUAAAGAAAAUGAUAAAGUGAAGGAGGAUAAAGUGAUAAAAGAGAAGUCGGAGAAAAGUGAAAAACCUGAAAAAGCAAAAGACGGCAAAUACGAUAAAGAUCGACCGAAACAUAAACAUAAAAAAAGAGAGAAAAAGGAUAAACGAGAUAGUAAAGAUCGAGAAAAGAAAGAGAAACGUGAUAGGAGUAAGGAUGAGAGUGAAAAACAGAAUAACGCAUCUUCACUAAUCGGGAAUCCAUUAUCAUCCCUUUUGACAGAGAUUCCGGAAAGAGACAGUAGCGAUUCAGCACCUUCGAUAGAUGACGAUUCAUUACCUGAAAGUAAAUCUAAUAUUAAAAAGGAGCCAGACCAUGUAAUAUCCACUGUACCAUCAGAAACAGCAAAACCACUUUCUCCUGGUAUAUCGGUGGAGGCGAAGAAAGAGAAGAGUGAUCGUAGCAGACGAGACAAGUCCAAAGGAAGUAGAGGCGAAGAGAGAGAAAAUCGGAAAAGGAAGCGAAGCAAAGAAGAUGACGAAGUUCUAAUAAAACGUGAGAAGAGGGGUCAAUCAACCUCUCCACCUUUGGAACCAGUUUCAUCGAGCCAAUCUCCAGUCGUGAUGGAUGUUGAUACUACUCAUCAUUUAGAAAAGGAGGUAAAGAAGGAGAAGGACGAUCAUGUUGUCAAUAUGGCUGACAAUAUAAACAAUAAAAAUAAUGAUCCUGAACAAGUAGCUCCAGAUUCUACAAAUAGUACUGAUGCAGACAUCAGUGAACCGCCAGUGUUUUCUGAGGAUUAUGUAUCACAACUAAAGGAUUUGCAACAAAAAAUAAUGACAUUGCAAGAUAAUGACGAGCUACAAAGAGUUGUACAAGUAAUUGCAGAAACUGGUCAAUAUGAAAUCACUAAGAAGACAUUUGAUUUUGAUCUGUGUGCAUUGGAUCGUAGAACUGUGCAGCGUCUUCAACAGUUUUUCUCUGCAUCGUGACCAUCUGUAAUAUAAAAGGCAUGACGUAUUAAUUUAUAUAGAUAUAUUUAAAAGGUCAUAUGAUCUUAUCGAUCUAAUCGAUAACAGACUUUUUAAUGAUAAAAAUGUUACUAUUCGUGAGA